AUGAGCAAUUCCGUUCAUGCGCCGCCCUCGAGUAGGGUUGCAUUUGUCACCGGUGUCAACGGCAUCAGUGGCCAUGCUAUUGUCGAACAUCUGAUUCGGACACCCAAGUCUGAGUGGUCCCGAAUCAUCAUCACUUCGCGCAAGCCAUCAAGCAACUACUGGGUUGACCCCCGAGUCACCUUCAUCGGUAUCAACUUCCUGGACUCUCAGGAAGCAAUUGUGGAGAAGAUGAAUUUUGUGUGCAAGGAUGUUACCCAUGCAUUCUUCACAUCGUACGCUCACAAUAGUGAUCUCAGCAAACUCCCUGAAAGGAACAAUCCGCUAUUCCGCAACUUUCUGGAAGCAAUCGAUGUAGCGUGUCCGAAGCUUCAACGUAUGUGUUUGCAAACUGGUGGAAAGCACUAUGGAGUUCAAUUCCAGAACUUCAACAUGCCUUGCCAUGAGGAUAGCCCACGAUACGAUGGUCCGGGAAGCGAAACGAUCUUCUAUUACAAACAGGAGGACGAUCUCUUCGAAAUCCAGAAACUUUCCGGUAUAAACGAAGCCCUCCCAAUCGCUCAAUACUUCCUUAUCUGCCGUGAACUCGGCCAGAGCCCAAAAUGGCCCGGAAACAUGAAUGGCUACCAUCGAGUCGACGACCAGUGCUACGCCCCCAGUGUCGCCGAUCUAACCGUCUGGGCUGCAACGCAAAACCACUGCAAAGACGAGGCCUUCGACCAUUCUAACGGCGACGCAAUAGUAUGGCGGUUCUUCUGGACCAUGUUCGCGCAGUACUAUCAGGUCCCGAUGGAUGGCUCCGAAGCCCCCAGCGACGACAACAAACCUCAGAUGGAUCUUGUUGAGUGGGCACAGGAUAAGAGUACUGUUUGGGAAAGUGUUGUGGAUAAGUAUGGUGGUAAUUCUAAUUCAUUCCAGGUGCAUGGGUUUGCGAUGAUGAACUGGCUGUUCUGUCCGAGUACGCCGGGGGCGCCGUUUAUGAGUACUACAGUGAAGGCGAGAAGGCUUGGAUGGGAUCGUAUUGAUGAUACUUACGAGGCGUGGGUUAGUACGUUCCGGUCGUAUGAGAAUGCUGGUGUUUUGCCCAGUCCAGAUCGUGUUCCCAAAAUGGGACAUUCUAAAUGA